GGAGGGGCGGGCCUAAGGAUGGCUGAAUCUUAUUUAUAAAUCUAGAGACUCCAAAACUUCCAUCUUUUGCUACAUUAGGUUUCUUGGCUCCUCUUACUGCUGUGUGGGCUCACUUCACCCCCUCUUUUUUGAAUGUUUUUACACCUAUAGAAGUUGUGAUAUUUCUCUUAAGCUCUUCCUCCUAGACACUUAAACCUGGGUCUUUCAGACAAUCUAGCUCUUUGGUUUUUUCCCCUCUCCUUCAACUCUACAACAUGAGCAUGGAUCCAGUUAGUCCCCAAAGCCUGCCUUGCCCAGAAACAUCCAAUUCUGGAGAGUCUUCGCCAAUGCCUGAGGUUUAUGAAUCUGAAGAAAAUUAUUCAUCCUUGCUUCAGCCCUCCGCUGAGAUGCCCCACAUGGAGAAUGUCUCUCCUCUUCCUUCCUCCAUGGAUCUGCUUAUUCAGGACAGCCCUGAUUCUUCCACCAGUCCCAGAGUCAAACUCCUCUCCACUUCUGGAGAGAACAACACAGGGAAGAGGGAAGAUAGGGUCCCGGUCAAGAAACAGAAGAGCAGAACUGUGUUCUCACAGACCCAGCUGUAUGUGCUCAAUGACAGAUUUCAAAGACAGAAAUACCUCAGCCUUCAGCAGAUGCAAGAACUUUCCAGUCUCCUGAACCUCAGUUACAAACAGGUAAAGACCUGGUUCCAAAAUCAGAGAAUGAAAUGUAAGAGGUGGCAGAGGAGCAGCUGGCCAAAGAGCGGUGUGACUCAGAAGCUCUCGGCACCUACAGACUACACCAGCCUCUAUUCCUAUCACCAGGGUUGCCUGAUGAACGCUCCUGAAAGCCUUCCAAUAUGGAGCAACCAGACCUGGAGUAACCCACCUUGGGGCAGCCAGCCCUGGAGCAACCAGCCCUGGUGUGCUCAGCCUUGGAACAACCAGAGCUGGAACCAUCAGACCUGGAACAGUCCAUUCCUCAGCUCUGGGGAGGACCCCCUGCCACCCUUGCUCCAGCUCCAACAAAAUUUCUCUCUCAGUGAUUUGGAGGCCACCUUGGAAAUUUGUGGGGAAAACCAUAACAUUAUACAGCCACCCACUAAGUAUUUUAGUACCCAGCAAAUCAUGGAUUUAUUCCCGAAUUAUUCCAUGAAUGCACAGUCUGAAGAUGUGUGAAGAUGGGUAUAUUUAUAUAUCCUCAAUUUGGGCAGUGGCUGUUACUUCUCCUAGGAUUUUUCUUUUAAGAGUUCUGUAUUUCUGCCUUUAUAGCCUGGUUCUCAACAUGCCUAGUGUGCCAACGAGUGUGAGGGGGUAGGGUGGGGUGAGGUGGGGGCUGCACAUUUGAAUACUGAAUCCGAAGUUUCAGAGGUUUCUGAGGGCUCGACUGCAGGGCAUCAUAAAAGUUGUCUCUACUAUAGAUAUCUAGAUAUGAUACUUGUCUGAAUAUCUUUGGGAUCUAGUAUCUAACCUCAAAAAUAGGAAGCUAAAACACAAAGCUAUGUAAUAUGAAGGAUUCUUUUCUGGGAUUGGGAGACUAGUUAAAAACCUCAGUUGUUAAGGUGAAGGGUUAAGUUAUGAUGUGCUUCAUUGAUUACCUCUGUCCACUUGGUUCUGUGUUAUUAUACCCCCUAAUUUGUUUGUGCAUAUUUUAGAAAGUUGUUUUGUGUUGAUGCAUCCUGAUGACAGUACCCCUUGGCUUAGUUGGUUUAGACUAUAUAAGCACAAAUAAAAGAUGUUUAUU